AUGGAAGAAGAGUGUACUAUUUGCCUAGAAUCUUUGGACUCUAAAUUCGGUAUAAUAGCUACUUGUAGGCAUUAUUAUCAUGAUAAGUGUAUAACAACAUGGUCUAACAAUUCAAAUUCAUGUCCGACUUGUAGGAAAUUAUUUUAUAAGAUUGAUAUAUCCGAUACUAGAGAAGGUCGAUUAGUAUUAGAUACUUUAACGAUCAAGGAUAAAUUACUACCAAAUGAUGCUAUUAAUGAUAUACCUAGAGAGUUUGUGAUACCAGCUAGCAGUUUGACGGCUAUAGAGCCCGUGGAAACUAUUGAAACCCAAGGGUUAUGUAAUAUUUGCUCAUCAUCAGAUUAUAGAAGUACUAGAAACUUGAUUAAUUGUUCAAAUUGUAACUGCAAGUUCCAUCAAAGAUGCUUAGGGAUAACAAAUGGUAUGGAAUCAUGGAACUGUCCUAUCUGUGAUUAUUUUCAAGAGCUACUACUACCAUUAAACGUAAGAAGGAGACAGAUCAUUAAUUCCAGGAGAGCUCGAACACCCAAACCUCGAACUGGGGUCGAACUCACUGGAAACACAGGGGAAAUGGUUUUAGAGGAUGAAGAACCUAUCAGAAGACCAAAAGAGACCAGAGGUCUUAUUAUUCACAAUGAAAAUAAUGAGUUAGAUGAUGAAUUCCUAUAUAACGGCCCUUCAACUUCAAGUAACGUAAUGAAUGGCGGAAUACUAAGAAGAAGGGAAAACAAACAAUUACAGCAGUUGUCUUCUGAAGAGAUAAAAUCAUGGGAGAUGUUCGAAAAAGCCAGAAACAACGACGAAACUCUGAACACAGAGCAAUCAGUUGAUAAUAAUAACCGUAGGAAAAGAAAGAAGAGGCAAGAGCCCAUCAUUCCCGCAGAGGUGACACAUACUAGCGGGUCAUCAAGGAUUUCCAAUUUGAUGAAUCAGAUCAAACACUCAGAACAACCAACUUUUACUAACGGCCAACCACUUGAUUCAGAUAAUUUCACAUUCCCUGGAUCUAGUUCCUCACGUCAGUCACCAGGCCAUUCACCUGGCCAGUCACCAGCUCUCUCACCAGGUCAUUCACCGCAAUCGAUAUCACCAAGAUCACUUUCACCACAGUCACCAAGAUCACCCAUUCAUUCACCUCCUUCAACGCUGCCCUCAAUUAACCCUGCUGGAUCAGGGUCAGAACUUACUUUGGAUCAAAAGAGUAUUAUUCAAGUGCUAAUUAGGAAUAUGCUUCGCCCCUUGUAUAAGGAAAAGGUCAUCAAAAGUCAAGAAGAUUACAUUUCUAUAAAUAAAGCAGCAUCAAGGAAAAUUUAUGCCAAAAUAAUAAGAUUAUCACAGACAUUCAAAUUAUCAGAAAUCUUGAUGGUGGACAACAAAAACUUGAAUUCAAUGAUCAAAGAGUAUAUAAUUAACGAACUUAACGAGUACAAAGCACUUAAUCAAUAA